AUGAGUAAUGCAUCACACUAUGAUGUUAUGAUGGCUGUGAUAUCACUUAGGGUUUUCUCAAAUAAUGAUGAAGGCCUUAUUAACAAAAAGUUACCAAAAGAACUUCUUUUAAGAAUAUUUUCCUUCUUGGAUAUAGUAACUUUGUGCCGAUGUGCCCAGAUUUCCAAGGCUUGGAACAUCUUAGCCCUGGAUGGAAGCAACUGGCAAAGAAUAGACCUUUUUAACUUUCAAACAGAUGUAGAGGGUCGAGUGGUGGAAAACAUCUCCAAGCGCUGCGGCGGGUUCCUGCGGAAGCUCAGCUUGCGAGGCUGCAUUGGUGUUGGGGAUUCCUCCCUGAAGACCUUUGCACAGAACUGCCGAAACAUCGAACACUUAAACCUCAAUGGGUGCACAAAAAUCACUGACAGCACGUGUUACAGUCUUAGCAGAUUCUGUGCCAAGCUGAAACAUCUGGAUCUGACCUCCUGCGUGUCCAUCACCAACAGCUCCUUAAAAGGGAUUAGCGAGGGCUGCCGGAACCUGGAGUACCUGAACCUCUCGUGGUGUGAUCAGAUCACGAAGGAUGGCAUCGAGGCCCUGGUGCGCGGCUGCCGAGGCCUGAAGGCCCUGCUCUUGCGGGGCUGCACACAGUUAGAAGACGAAGCUCUAAAACACAUUCAGAACUACUGCCAUGAGCUCGUGAGCCUCAACCUGCAGUCCUGCCCACGCAUUACGGACGAAGGCGUGGUGCAGAUCUGCAGGGGAUGCCCCCGGCUGCAGGCCCUCUGCCUGUCUGGCUGCAGCAACCUCACGGACACCUCUCUCACAGCCCUGGCGCUGAACUGCCCGAGACUUCAGAUUUUAGAGGCUGCCCGGUGUUCCCAUUUGACCGAUGCAGGCUUUACACUCUUAGCUCGGAAUUGCCAUGACCUCGAGAAGAUGGAUCUGGAAGAAUGUGUCCUGAUAACCGACAGCACGCUCAUCCAGCUCUCCAUUCACUGUCCUAACCUGCAAGCCCUGAGCCUGUCCCACUGUGAGCUCAUCACAGAUGAUGGAAUCCUGCACCUGAGCAAUAGCACCUGUGGCCACGAGAGGCUGCAAGUACUGGAAUUGGACAACUGCCUCCUCAUCACCGACGUGGCCCUGGAGCACCUGGAGCACUGCCGUGGCCUGGAGCGCCUGGAGCUGUAUGACUGCCAGCAGGUUACCCGCGCGGGCAUCAAGCGGAUGCGGGCUCAGCUCCCUCAUGUCAAAGUCCAUGCCUACUUUGCACCCGUCACACCACCGACAGCAGUGGGAGGAAGUGGCCAUCGGCUGUGCAGGUGUUGUGUCAUUCUCUGACAGCAGCUGCGGGGCCCAACUCCAGAGAAGACCCAAGUCUUCCCUACCUUCUCCACGGUCACCGAAAUCUGUUGAGUCUCCAUUGGGAAAGGUAUUUACAGGUAAAAGACUUCUGUAGGGAUUGCAGUAACUUUGGCGAUAGUUUUGACUUUAGUCUGCUGCGAUACAAUCAAAUCAAAGCCUUGUCAGUAAACACACAGCAAGAGUGGUUUCAGUGCAGCCAGGAUCCUGCAAGAAACCUGGUUUCUUAACAAGGUGGGUUUACCUUCUUAGGGACAAGAGUUCUGUCCUCAGCUUUGUCAGCAUUCCUCAGACCAUCAGUGUUAGCACAAAUGGAGCAGAAAAAUCAAGCUGUUGAUUUUCUACCUGAUACUUAAGAUAGUGGCCUACUUUAAUUCACAACAAUUCCAUUUUGAUUAGCAGGGCUUUUCCACUUUGACGCACCUUUAUCAAAGUGACUGUACUGCAAAUUCGUAAUACCUAAUAGUUUUGUAUGUGGAAGGCAUGUUAAGAAGUUUCUAUGAGACACCAAAGAAAUGAGGACUCUACACUGGGUGAAGCAGGGUCUUCACCUAUUUCUGUCAACUUGGGGGACCAAACCAAACAGUCAACCCUGAGUUCAAGUUGCCUGAUUGGAAAUUAGAAGCUCUGGUGUACGCUAUAGCACACAGUUUUAUUGUAGGAGAAAAGCUAAUGUCAUAUCUCACAAAACUUGGGGGACCUUAAAGCAAUAGAAUUGAAUAAGGCUUAAAUAAUGAAUGGAUGCAUGUAGAAUGGGUGUAAUUUUUUCCAAGUUUAUUUUAAAAUCUUAGAAAUCAAGUUACACCAGAACUAGUCAAAAGUUUUAUACAUGUAAAACUCAGAUCAGUCAAGUGUUGGCACCUUUUAGACUCAAAAUAUAAAAAUGAAUAAACCAUUGCAAUGCUUAAGUCAGAGGGUUUUAUUGCUAUCACCUAUGGCAGGUAAAUCUGAGCAAAACCACUUUCCAAAUUCAAGACCUUCCUAAUGUUAUCUAAGCAUAUGAUAAGAUGAUCUAGUUUCUGCCCGUGCUGUCCACAUUCGUGAUCUUUAUUAAUUAAAAUUAGGAACCCACCACCACCCUUCCUAGCAACCACUCCUGGACUGGAGUCCAGAGCUUGUGAGAAGCAUAAGUGAAACGGCAAACAAGGUGUUCUUUUCCCAUUACUAGCAGUACUUCUAGGUGGGCAGUUUUAGAGGUAUUCAGGACACAAUGCCUCGGCUGCUUCUAGGAAGAGAGGGCAUAUACACAGAACCCCAUAAAUCGAUUUAACGGGAUUACCAGAAUAAGCAUUCAAGACUUGAUUUUAUUGCUUUAUGAUAAACUCUGGUAUUCACAGGUCUAAAAAUUGUGUGUAUACCACAGUAGUUAUUUAAAUAUACAUUUGCAACACCGUGUAGGGGAGAAAUGACUGAUGCUAUUUAAAUAAAACAAAACAUAUACCACAGACCUGCUUCAGUGAUUAUGAAUUACAGUUUCUAUUUUAUGUAACUGGGCCUUCUAUACAUUAUCUAUCACAGCUACUUUACUCAAUGACCCAUUUAUAAAACAGGAGAACCUCUAAUAAAAAAAGUAAGUUACUAGAAUAACAUUACCUCUCAGUUGCAGCAGCUUUGAGAAAACCACCUGGGUCUCAACUCUUAUAACAUUUGGACUGGUGUGUCCUCAGAACAUACAUGUGGAGCCUCUCUCUUCUGUGACACUGGCAGGAACUGGGAUUUUAAAUGACACACACACUUGCAAAACAAUCAGAAAACAUUUAUUAUACGGAAAUGUAUACAUCCUACUAUUAAAAAAACAAAGUAGCAAAUCUGCUGGUGCCAUAAUUUAACUUGUUCACUGGGACAGACUAAUGCUCAAUACCACUUGGUGUGUGAUUUCAAGUUUGAUGAGCUUUUAACUUUUUUACCCCACUUCUAAAACCCUAUGAGGAAUUCAGAAUAGCACACAGCAUUGAAUGACAUUUAUUGUUCCAUAAAUCUUGAGACUCAAAAAGGAAUGCUAAAUCGACAAGCAAAACUAAAACAAUUAAUAGAAACUCUCUUCUUUCCCAAGUGAUUGGUACAGAAAACAUGUGCUCAUACGAAAGCAAAGGGAACAUGACAGAAAGGAAGGCUCUCCUGCUUUAUGGCCUCUAACAGUUACAGAUAUUUUAAAACCAAAGAUGGAAACAGACACAGUGCUUCUUUGUAUCAGACACCCCCCACUCCCUUAAGUAGUUCAUCUUCUGGGAAAGAUUUUAAAUUCAAAAUGACUCAUUCCUAUUUCUGCCCAAA